AUGUUCAAGCUGGUGUAUCCGAAGUUGUGGGACCCAGUUAAGCUCCACGACUGGUUCAACCUGGUCGUGAUCGCACUGCUCAAUGCCCUCAACAUCUCGUACCUGAUCACCGGCGAGGGUUUCACUGUUUUCUGGACCACCACCAUGCUCUACUUCCUGUUUGACACCGUUUUCGUUGGCAUCUACCCCCAGAGCGUGAAGAGCCCCGUGGUGAUCCUGAGCCACCACCUGUGCACCGCCCUGUACAUGCUCAUACCUUACAACUACCCGCAGUACCACUGGUGCAUGGCGUACUGCAUGCUGGUGGAGGUCAACACGUGGCUGCUCAUCGCGCGGCGCUGCAUCGGGGGCAAGCCCAUAGAGCUCGCAUUCUACGUCACAUGGGUCGGCCUGCGCAACGUGUUUUACCCCUACCUGAUCUGGGCGUUCUACAAGGAGUGGCGCAGCGAGACGGUCAUAUGCGGGUCGCCCUGGAACCCCAUCCUCAUCACGCCGCUGCUGCAGGCGAGCUGCGGCAUCCACGGCGCGCGGGGGGGAGGAAAUUGCGCGCGUGCGACAAUGCGCGCCGCCUGGCGAGCGAGCGCGGCGGCAGGCUGGGCCUUCCUGACGGGCCUCAACUACCACUGGACGCUCCAGCUGGUGCUCAAACUCAUGCGCCCGGGCGGCAAGGGAGCAGCAGCGCCUUGUCAGCGCUCGCAGACGCCCGGCCGCGCGGGCCGGGCCCCGAAAGGCGCGCCUGACGCCGCCGCAGACGGCGCCGCCGUCAAGAGCCACUUCCUCUGA